UCCAAAAAAAUCUCGCAUUUUUUAACUCACAGGACGAAGAGUCCCAAACGAAGCACCGAUUCAACUUCCCGUUUCCUCUCUUUACCUUUCUUCUCUCUAUCUCUAUCUCUCUCGUAAUCUAAAGACUCCAUUUUUCCCGCGUUCUCGUUCACUUUGUCGGAAAGUUGUAAUGUAUCAGUGGAACUUACCGUACCGGAAAGAUGACGUGGAAGCCGCCGGUGGCUCGAGGCCUUUAUACCCAACUAUGCUGGAAAAUCCGGAGCUCCGGUGGGGAUUUAUACGCAAGGUUUACUCAAUAAUCGCCUUUCAGCUCCUAGCCACCGUCGCCGUCGCCGCCACGGUGGUCACCGUCCAUCCAAUUGCUCUUUUCUUCGCCACCACCAGCGCUGGAUUAGCUCUCUACAUAGUCAUCGUCAUCAUGCCUUUGAUAGUGUUGUGCCCGUUGUACUACUACCACCAGAAACAUCCGGUGAAUUACUUGCUCUUGGGGAUUUUCACUUUGGCUCUGGCUUUUGUCGUUGGAUUGACAUGUGCCUUCACCAAUGGGAAAGUGGUUCUCGAGUCAGCGAUCUUGACAACAGUCGUGGUGCUUUCCCUUACAUUAUACACCUUUUGGGCAGCUAAGAGAGGAUAUGACUUCAAUUUCCUAGGACCUUUCUUGUUUGGAGCUCUCAUCGUGCUUAUUGUCUUCGGCAUAAUACAAAUAUUUUUCCCAUUAGGGCGGAUAUCGGUGAUGAUCUACGGUUGCUUGGCAUCGAUAAUAUUCUGUGGAUACAUAGUCUAUGAUACAGACAAUCUUAUCAAACGAUACACAUACGAUGAGUAUAUUUGGGCUGCGGUUUCGCUCUACCUAGACAUCAUCAACCUCUUCAUGUCUCUUCUUACUGUAUUUAGAGCCUUACAAAGAUGAUGAUGAUUAUGAGGAUGGUAAUCAAGGCUUCUUAAUCUCCAAAAACAAAUGUUAUAAUAAGAAAGCGUUGUAUGUAUAUCUACAUGGUUACAGUUCGCAUGUUCAUGUGAUUAUAGAGGGAACACAGAAAACAGAAAUAGUGGAUCAAGAAAUGAUUAUAACGA